CUCAAGUCGCUUGAGCUUGAUCUGCAUUUGGUUUGGUUUGCAUCCUUAUAUCUCCCGAUAUCCUACUCUGCGUUGCCGGCUGUUUAUUGUCUCAUCUAGCGGAAACGGAACGGGAUAGUUUGCCGUUGCUACGUGGCCUGCAUUGACGUGGCGAUUUCAGUUUACAGGCAAGUGUUCUGGAGCAUUUUAACUAAAAAGCAGUAUCAAUCAUAAUUUAGCAAAUUUGUAUUAAAAUGUUGACCUCUCUGUUCGUCUUGCUGGCCGUGACGGCUGCAUGUGCCGGGGUACCGGAGGACACCAAAAGGAUGAUGGACCACCUCUCGGAUGCGGAGCACUACAAGAAUGAGCACCACAAUAAGCAGUUUGAUCAUGAGGCAUUCCUUGGAGAGGAUCAGGCCAAGACUUUUGAUCAGCUGCCUCCGGAAGAGAGCAAAAGGAGACUUGGAUUGAUCGUAGACAAAAUAGAUGUGAACGGUGAUGGGUUCGUGACCCUCGUGGAGUUAAAGGACUGGAUCCGGUACACGCAGAAGCGGUACAUCGAGGAGGACGUGGAACGCCACUGGCGGCAGCACAACCCGCAGGGCGCUGAGACCAUUUCUUGGGAGACGUACCAGAAAAACGUGUACGGGUUCAUGGAAGAAAUGUCCCCGGCGGAGCUCUCGGUACCGAACAGCGAAGGUUUCACGUACUCCAACCUGCGUAAGCGGGACCGCAGGCGCUGGACCUACGCCGACGGGAAUACGGACGACGCGCUGAACCGCACGGAGUUUGCGUCGUUCCUGCACCCCGAGGACCACCCCUACAUGCGCGACGUCGUCGUGCUGGAGACGCUCGAGGACAUCGACAAGAACAAGGACGGGAAAGUGUCAUUGGAGGAGUACAUCGGCGACAUGUACCAGGCUGAGGAGGGCGAGGAGGAGGAGCCCGACUGGGUCAAACAGGAGAGGGAGCAGUUCACAGGCUACAGAGACACCAACAGGGACGGGUACAUGGACGCGGCCGAGGUGAAGGAGUGGAUCGCGCCGCCCGAGUUCGACCACGCGGAGGCGGAGGCGCGCCACCUGGUGUUCGAGGCGGACGGCGACGCGGACGAGCGCCUCAGCAAGCGCGAGGUGCUCGCGCAGUACGACCUCUUCGUCGGCUCCCAGGCCACCGACUUCGGCGAGGCGCUCGCCCGCCACGACGAGUUCUAGAUCUCUUCCUACUCGAACCGAACCAACUGUAAAAACUCUGCCAUGUCUCAAUUUAGUUCCAAAUGAUAAGCCCCCCUGUUCAUAAAACUAUACGAGCCUCGAUUAGUUGAUUUAUGUUUUAUGACAAAUAAGACAAACAAUAGCUAAUUGAGGCUUGUAGCGGGUGGAUGAUUAACGCCAUUAAACUGUGACUCUUUUUCAUACAAGGUAUUCGUAUGGUGCCUGUAAUACGGCCACUUGGGCACCAAAUUUUUUUAAAGAAAACUUAACUUUAUUACUUGAGAUGUGGCCGUAUUGCCGGCAGCAUACUAUUAUGGGAUCGGUACCCAUUUUCACUAUAGCCACGACAUCAAUUUGGUGUGUGUUUUCACAAAUGUGGCAUGCUUUCAAAAUCGACAGCCUUUGCACCAGGAACGAUUUGGAGUGGGGCCCUCCCCUUCUGUUCCAAAAAUUUGCUUUAGUAUCGUCUGGUAACUGUUUCGUAACUGGCUACAAAAUGGUAAUCCAAAAUGUGACAUAACUAUGGGACACUGUAUUGAAAUAGUAAGCCCAUUCGUAGUGUAAAAUUAAAAUAUAACAAUAGCAUAUUAAGGGUAUAUAUGCCAGUUUAGUUUAUAACAAAAGUUUUCUUUUGUUUGUUCUAUAGUUAUGUAAUUUAACAACAACGCCAAAGUAGUGCCUACGCAAAUUCCUGGGAUUUCUCAAAUACCGGGAAUAACAAUGCCAUGAAUGAAGGUUGUUUUCCUUCACAAGGUUUUUUUUGUUAUAUUGUUACAAUCAGAGGCCAGAUCGAAUAAAUAAAUUAGGUAUUCAUCGGCAAUAGAAAACUCAAAUUUCGUAACCAGCUGCAAUACGUUAUUUUAAAUCCCGUUUUGAAGCUGAUUGCCAACCGUGGUUACGAAUCGGUAAUCAACUGUCAACGAUUUGCGUAGAUGGCGCCAUCAUAGUAUCAUAGUUUUGUUCUAUGAGAAUUGGCUUAAAGGGCUGGCAUCCUGGCCAUACAAUUCCAUCAAAAGAAAAUAUAAGAAUUUGGGAAUUGACAGGGCAAGCCAUGUUGGCGCCAUCUGUAAAUAAAUAAAUAUUAUUGGGACAUUCUUAGACAAAUUGACUAAGUCCCACGGUAAGCCAAUAAUGUUUACUUUGUGGUACUCAGACAACGAUAUAUUUAAUAUACAAAUACUUAAAUACAUAGAAAACCUAGAACACCCUAACCCCAUAGAAAAGUCUCUCUUUGAAGCCUAUUGAGACUUUCCGGUUUAGAAGCUGGUUACCAAUAUUUAGUUACCAAACGGUACCAAAGGUGAAUUAAAGAUUUAAGUAUGUAUAACAAUGAACUGUUGAUAAGACCAUGGUUGUUGUAAUAAGUGCGAGAUUAAUCCCUAUUGAACUCUACUGUAGCUGCAAAGAGUCACUGUGUAUCAUGAGUUAUACUUUUUUUAGAAAUAAUGCUGAUAAAGGCAGUUAAAAAGGCAACUUAAUAGUUUAUGCUUAAUAGAUUAAAAUUCUAAUCAAUUCCGUUUGGCAAUCCAUCUCAUAUACAGUACUUAACAUGUAUUUUUAUAAUUAUGAUGACUUUGCCAUAUUUUCUACUCCACUCUAAUAUAGAUGUAAGUUUAGAUUUAGUUCAAUACCAAAGUAUUGUUAUUAUUCUAAUAGAUUUCUAUCGAUAUUCUAAUAUGAUACUGUUGUAUUUUAUGUAAGUACCUAUUGCUGAGUCUGAUUAUGAAAUAUUUUUCAUUUAUCUAUAGUAUAUUUACGUACUUUCCUAUUUUGUGAUAAUGCUAAAAUAUGCAUUUAUUGUAUUUAUUUAAAGCUUUUUGCUAAUAUAUUGUUAAGUUUUGUUAAGUAAAUAAUAAUUUCAGUUCUGUACUUUCAAAAAAUAAAUACAUAUCUUUACAAAA